GCGGGCGGGAUCUCGACUGGCCAAUCAGCGCGCGCGCCCGUCCUUUCUCUCUCGGACCCGGAGGAGGUGAGGCCCCGGCUCCAUAACCUGCGCGCUUCGCAUCCGCGCCAUGAAGACCAUCCAGAGCAAUCAGAUCGUGGACAUACCCGAAAAUGUCACGGUGAUGUUGAAGGGGCGCAAAGUGACUGUUAAAGGACCCAGGGGAGUCCUCAAGAGGGAGUUCAACCACAUCAAUCUGGAGUUGAGCUUGCUCGGCAAGAACAAGAAGAAGUUGCGUGUGGAGAAAUGGUGGGGCAAUCGCAAGGAGCUUGCCACGGUGCGGACCAUCUGUAGCCACGUGAUGAACAUGAUGAAGGGGGUGACGCUGGGAUUCCGGUACAAGAUGCGCUCGGUGUAUGCCCACUUCCCCAUCAAUGUGGUGGUCCAAGAUACUGGCAAGCUGGUGGAGAUCCGCAACUUCCUGGGCGAGAAGUACACGCGACGCGUGCAGAUGAGGCCUGGUGUGACAUGUGCCCUCUCCACCAACCAGAAGGAUGAGCUCAUUCUUGAAGGGAAUGACAUUGAACUCGUCUCAAAUUCUGCUGCCCUCAUUCAGCAGGCCACCACUGUUAAAAACAAGGACAUCCGCAAGUUCCUCGAUGGCAUCUACGUGAGCGAGAAGACCACAGUCCUGGAACUCAAGAGCUAAAUGAGCCAAGGGUUCAGCAAGCUGCCAUAGGGAUGAUGAUUUCCAUCAUUCCAAGGAAGUGCUGCGAAUGGUGAAAGUGCUCAGAAGACAAGAGUCCUUUCUGUGUUCUUACCACCGGACAUUCUCCACAAUAAAAUGACAAAAAUAAAA